AACUCGUCCUGGGAUUAUGUGACGCAGACAUUGUGUUCAACGUGUUAUCUGCAAGGAUGUGAUACAUUUUUCCCGAUGAAGUCCUGAGAUGUUGUGGAUCGUCGAGGAAGCCGGAGGAGAUUUGAGAAGCAGGAAAUAAGGGCUGGAAGAUGCCUCGAGUCUAUUCGAGGCACGUUCUUCUCUGUGCUCUGGGAGUGUCUGCACUUUUGCUUCUGCUCUACCAGGGCCAUCGGUUGCGUGAAGGCCCACCUUGGAUUUCGGCAUUUGAAGGGGUUGAUAAAGGAAGCGACUCUCGCUUCCAGGAGAGGAAACCCUUGAGAAAAGACCCUCUGGAAUCUCUAGAGAGCCAGGCUGCUUCGAGUUAUAGUGGAUCUUCUGACACUGCAUUAAACUCUUCGGCCAAAUUGCCGUGGUUCUUCAGAAAUGGCUCAUCGAGGACAUUCUCUGGAACACUUGGUGCCCAAUCCUUGUUUCCUUCUCCUGAGGGACGUCAAGAAGAUCGGAUUGUCAAGCAACUCAUGUACUCCGAGAAGCAAGAGGCGGAAGAGGAGGAAGGCAAGAAGAAGCUAAAAACCAUUCUCUUGUAUCAUGGUGGUUGGUCCGGGAUACAAUUGGGUCGGAGACAGUUCCUGAAACAACAGUGCCCCGUGAAUACGUGCAGUUUAACGACAAAAAAAACCGGGCCUGUCGAUGCAGUGCUGUUCAAAGAUCACGUGCCUCGAAAAGAAGACAUUUUACGUCCACCGGGUCAGCUGUGGAUCCUGUAUCUUUUGGAAUGUCCCCUCCACACCCAGAGCUUCUCCGAAGUGACGGGUGUGAACUGGACUGCCACUUACAGACAUGAUAGUGAAAUAGUCUCACCUUACGAGAAGUGGGUAUACUAUGAUUCUCGCGUAAAAUUCAAAACCCAGAACAGGAACUAUGCUGCAGGAAAAACGAAGAAAGUGGCGUGGUUCGUAUCCAAUUGCUAUGCCAGGAACAAAAGACUGGAAUAUGCCAAAGAAUUGGCGAAGCACAUCGACGUGGACAUUUACGGGUCGUGCGGGACUUUAAAAUGCCCUCGUCGGGAUGAGAAGAAGUGUUUUGAGAUGCUCUCCCGGAACUACAAGUUCUAUCUGGCCUUCGAAAAUUCAAACUGUGUUGACUAUAUCACCGAGAAGUUCUUCGUCAAUGGGCUCAUGAACGACGUUUUGCCGAUUGCAAUGGGAGCUCGACCCGAAGACUACGAACGAGCAGCACCCAAGAAUUCUUUUCUGCAUGUCGACAACUUCACUUCUCCAGCGGAAUUGGCAGCUCAUUUGCUCAAACUGGACCAGGACGAUUCUCUAUACAAUAGAUAUUUUCAGUGGAAGGGGACAGGAGAGUUCAUCGAUACGAAAUUCUUUUGCCGGCUCUGCUCUAUGCUUCACGCCAAGGACGAAGUCCCUCACAAGACCUACGGAUCAAGACUAGAAACCUGGUGGAGAGGUCCUGACGUCUGUAUCCAGGGUUCAUGGAGGAACCUCCCUCCUCGGUGAAUUUCUCUUUCUUGAAACACGCACGCGGAAAAAAAAAUUGUAUCCAGCGAACAGAGUUUUCAGUACCCAGUCACAUGUCCUUCGUCCCUCCCCAUACGGGUAUGCCUCGUUAUGUUUCCGUAGUGACGUCCAUCUCAUGUGAUUAAGUUUCACCAUAUUUGUCUUCUCGGUAUCAUUUUCGAAAGAGUUCUGAUCGUAGUCUCAAAUUCUGCACACACGAGUCACCUGCGUUGCUCAACUUCUCAUGGUUACCGAGGAUGUUUCCAGCGCAAAGAAAUUUCUUUGUAGGGUCUGUUCCCCCAUGUAAUGCAUUGUAAUGCAUGAUCUGAUUGGAGGCGAAUGCUAGUCUUGCGGUGUGAUUGGCCACGACAUAGUUUAUUUUGACUGGGAGCCCUUGAGCUCGCGAUGAAAUCUUGCCUUUUCCCAGUAUUGUGCAGUAUCUGCACUGUUUUCACCUUAAUUUCAAAUUAAAUUUGUGAGAGAUGAGAGUUCUCUAGGGGAUACUUUUCCUUUCCAACAUCUGUGAUAUGAAUUUAUGUUUGACGAUAAUAUAUUAUUUUAUUUCUCUGGGUUUACUCGGGGUAUCCAUAUUGCACGAAUUGGUGUGCACAUAAAUUUCCCCAUGCGCACUAGUCACGAUGGCUGAUGUUAUUGAUGUACAUCUGCAAUUUCCUCAUCAUUUGUUAGGGUAUACUUUUUCCAUCAGGACUCUCUCUCAAAGGCAAGAGUGUAGGAGAUGACGCAGCUAUAUAGCAAAUCGUGUCCGCAUGAAUUUUAUUUUUCACCAUUUUUCUUCUACAGUUCACCCAGUGG